AUGAUUGAGAGUCUGUUGAAAGUCAUCCAUGUUCUGGAAGGCCUGUACAGAGAACCUGAGAAUGUUGAAUGCGUAUGGGCUACAGUCAACAAAGAUGGGCAACCAACAGUAACCCCUCUGCCUAAAGAUUCUCCAGAAUGUUGUCCAGUAUCACUUCAUGCAGCUAUUCCUGAGGUGACGACUCAGAAGAGAGGAAGCAUUCUGACUAGCUGGUGGCACAUCUCCAGCUUGGGCAGAGGUGCUCUUUCUUUCCAACUUGGGCCUGGCAUAUUAGCUCCCGCAAAGAAGUGUGGCAAGAAGAAAAAGGGCCGUUCUGCCAUCAACGAGGCAGUGACCACAGAGUACACCAUCAACAUCCAUAAGCGCAUCCAUGGUGUGGGCUUCAAGAUGUGUGCCCCUCGGGCACUCAGAGAGAUCCAGAAAUUUGCCAUGAAGGAGAUGGGAAUUCUAGAUGCACGCGUUGACACCAAGCUUAAGAAAGCCGUCUGGGCCAAAAGAAUAAGGAAUGUCCCAUACUGGAUGGAGGUGCAGUUGUCCAGAAAAAGAAAUGAGGAUAAAGAGUCACCAAACAAGCUCUAUACGAUGGUCACCCAAGUACCUGUCCCCACUUUCAAAAAUCUACAAACAGUGAAUGUGGAGGAGAACUAA